AUUCCAGCAUGUUUGAGGAUUUGUGUCAUGUUUCACUAUUCCACGUGGUUGUUCCAACAUACGUGUUGUGCAUCUUAAUUUCAGCAUUCCGUGUUGUGGUUUCAGGUUUCCGUUGCUGUGUUUCAGCAUUCCAUGUCAAUGUUUCAGAAACUCACGGCGUGUUUCAGACUUGCUACGUCAUGUUUCAGCACGUUUAAAGCUUCGAGCUGUCACUUUGGAAAAUCACGGCGCUGUCCACUUGGACUCUGCGGCUUCUGUUCCUGGACGCCGUGGUUCACCUGAUUGUGCAAGUUUCAUCUUCUAUAACUGGCGAGGUGAUUGCUCUAGGGGGGUCAGAGGUCAAGAGUCGCUGUGCGAGUGGGCGUGGUCCAAGUGGAGCGCGGCGGGAGGUGACAGAUGGACUUGCGAUGAUAACUUGUGAUGAUGACUUGCGAGGAUUACGCCAAGAAAAGUGGACGGCUUUGCCGUGCGAGCAGCCGCAGAAGCCGCGAGACUCCGGCCGGAGAAUAACAACGAAGCUGGUUGCGGUGGUGGCUGAGACCAAGACAAAGACAUUAAUCCGAUCCAGUCGAGUCGACCAGAUUAAGGCGGACUAACAUCCCCGAGGCGACCUUUGACAUCUCAGUCUUCGGUGAGAAAGUGCAGGAACAGCUGAAUUAGUCGCGAAGAUCCUGGGAUCACGUUUAAGACGUUCAUCUUCAUCCUGGGACGACGCGGCAGGAUGGGUUAGAGGAACCGUUCCCGACCGUAACGUGCCGUGACCCGUCGGCAGGUCGGAAAACGGCGGGAUAGCGACGACGUUCGUCCAGGAAGUCGGGAAAGUGCCGGAAUGUGAAGAGAAAAUCUCCGACCUCACAUCUGGGUCCGCCAUCGAGUCAAUCGCAACUUCCCUCAUCUCAUUCCCUGGAUUUUCUCUCGCUCUCUCGCUGGCCUCCCUCGCCGCGUCCGCCAUGCCGCCCCACCUCUGAGCCUCGGAACGGGAAGUGGGCCCUCGCCCUGCCGCCGUCCGCCAUGUUGGAAAAGAUGUCCCGCCGGCAGCGUUCCCUGCUGUCGUUGGCGUUGACCUCGCUGGCCCUCAGCUUGUCCGUGUCGGCCUUCUGCACGUCCUACUGGUGCGAGGGGACCCACAAGGUGGUCAAGCCGCUGUGCCUGUCGCCCGUCAAGAUAAAGAACUGCGGGCAGAACAACAGCCAGCCCUACACCACAGAGGCCCCCACGCCGGACCCCAGGAACCCGCCGUCCAACGUGACGCUAACGCCGCUGCAGAGGGAGCAGCUGGCGAUCCUCAGGAGGAAACAACUGGCCAACGCCGUCCACUACAUCUGGGAGACGGGCGAAGACAAGUACAUGCUGCGCUACUUCCACACCGGAUUCUGGCUCUCCUGCGAGAAGCACAAUGAAGGUGAGGACCAGGAGGAAAAGUGUCGUAGUUUCAUCGAACUGACUCCAGGAGAGACUCAAGGUGUCCUGUGGCUGUCGGUCAUCAGUGAGUUCAUGUACAUCGGCCUGCUGGCCAUGGGCUUCCUGCUCAUGUGGGUGGAGGCCAUCUGCCUGUGCGCCAAGAGGGAGAUGAACGCCCUCAAGAUCAACGCCUUCGCCGCCAUGUGCACCGUCCUGUCAGGCAUGAUGGGCAUGAUGGCGCACAUGAUGUACACCACAGUCUUCCAGAUGACCGUCAGCAUCGGGCCCAAAGACUGGAGGCCGCAGACGUGGGACUACGGCUGGUCCUUUGCGCUAGCCUGGCUGUCGUUUAGCUGCUGCAUGGCGGCCGCCGUGGCCACGCUCAACUCCUACACCAAAACCAUCAUCGAGAUGAAGCACCGCGCCCGGGUGCGUCUGGAGGAGGCCCGUGCCGCCGCCCGUGCCCCCUCCUACGAGGAGGUGGUCCGCGCCGGGGGCGGCGUCUACUCUGUCAGUCAGCUGAUCCAGCUGGGCCAGCAGGGGGCGCUCAUGGACCCCCUGUGGCCGCGGGGGGUGGGCCCCGCCGUGGGACCGUUGGCCUGCGGGGCCGGCGGGGCGCUGGUCGGGAUCGGAGUGGCGGGCAUGGGAGCCGUCGGUGUGACGGGGUCGGGUGGGCGGGCGGCGGAGCCUAGUGGCAGCCUGGUGGCGCUGGAGGGGUGCGGCGUGGACGGAUGCGAAGACUGUGAAAGGGAGCUGGACGAGAUGGACUAUCUGCACGAGGACGGAGACGGCUCGCUCUGCUAGCGCCGCUUUGCUGGCACCUGCUGGCCUGGAGAGGAACUGCAUGCCAGACAGGCUCGUAGCAAGUCGUGUGACUUGAAAGUUUUUGAAACCGUCAAUCAGCGUAUUGGAGAAAGAACUAAUUCUUUAUCUUCAGCUCAGUUAGACGAUGUUAUGACAAACCAGUGUGGUAUGAAUGGCACGACACGUUUUUUUUUCGUUUUUUUUUUUAAUCAACCGCCUCAAGGGUGAUGGGCGCCCUCGUACGUGAGAUCCGACAUCACUUGCGCGUUCAGUAAAUGAGUUGAUUCCUCACUUCCACAGCAAACGUGUCCUGCGCAUUUAUUUUUUGGGGGUUGUCGACAGGACGGGGAGAAAAAAAGACAUCAGCGCCGCGUUCUAAAACACAGCCGUGGAAGGUAAGAUUAUUUGCUAUUUAUAAUAUUUACAGUCUUGUUCUGAGCAUUGCCUCUGCAAGGUUAUUGUAUUUUUAUUUUUUGUGUGAUUGUCAAUUGGGUUUAACCAACAGACAUGGAUUUGUGACAGUGGCGGUUCACCCGCACGAACUCGUCCCCCCCUCGGGAAGGUUCCAUUGUUGGGGGUUGGGAAAGCCUUUGUGUGUUUUGUUGUUUGUUUGUCUCCGGGCAGAAGUCUGUGAGUACACCAUAAUUGGAUGACAUUGCUAUAUAGGAAAAGAACAGCCCCUGCCUCAGUGCCCCCAGCCUGAUGGUUGAAUGACGUGAGGAAGGAUACGGGCUUUGGCUCAGAGCAGACUGCAAGCGAGGAGCUAGCAACAAAUAAUGGUAGUUAUUAUUAUUUUAGCUAACUUGCACCAAGUCUGUGUAGCUACAGCGUCCAAACAUGCAAAGAGCGAAGACUGCGCCUAGUGAUCAUAACACGAGUCGGGCAAUUUAUGUGUAUGAGCAAGGAGAACGCAUAUUAUUUUCUCAAGUAAUUCACACGGUGUCCAAGUGGUUAACGCUACUGCCUCACAGUUGUAGUUUUGACGUUCUGGGUUUGAAUCUCGGCACCAGCCUUCCGAUGUGUAGUUUGCAUGUUGGCGGCGCUGUGCUUAAUAAAGAAUUUUUUUUUUUCCUCAAAGGGCCAGCACGCGAAAAGCUAUCGUGUAGAAGUUGAGGAUUUAGUCGGCGCAUUUAAUGACUGCCGCAGCGAAGAAUGAGAGAUUUGGACCUGAGACAGAUGUUCUGCACAAGAUUACGGGAAUAAUCUGCACAAAGCGAGCGGGUGAUUGACAGAUCAGCAAGGUCGGGAAAAGUAGGAGAGUUGCUGUAACAACAGGAGGAGGAGGAUUCAGGUCAAGAAGACGGCAGAUGUGAAAGGAAAGCAGGUCUCACGACUAAAUUAAUCUGUUCUUGUGCGACGCAAACAUCUGCACCAACACCACAAGAGUCCAGGGUCAAGGAACAAAUAGGAAAUGAGACACAAAGCCAGAUUAUUCUACAAUUUCAAACAUGAAAGAUUGUCCAAUAUAUAACGCAUAUACAGGUAUGUGGUAAUAAAUGAGAAUAAGGAAGAAAA